AUGAUUUGCUAAAAAUGUGGUGAUAGUUAACUUAUCAAAGUCUCUCAUAUAAUAGCGAAAGAGAUUUACCAAUAAAAUUUGAAACAUUCUGUACGCAAAUAUAUAUUUGAGAAUGAUUUCAUGAACUAUUUGGAUUAUAAUGAUUUCAAGAAAGCAAGACUCAUUUACGCCAUCGAGAAUUUAUAAAGUAACCAAAUGGUAAAAGAAUAUAUAAUAUUUGUGCUAAAUAAAAGCUUGAAGGACUAGAAAUACCCUAAUCUUGGAAUUACAACAUAAUUGGACAAGACAAAUUUUACAGAUUCACUCAAGUUUAACAUUAGCUAAGUUUAAAAACAAUUCUAGAUCGAUGAUUCAACACUCAGGUUUGAUUCAUUAAUUGAAUCAGGAAAUCUUGAAAGAGUAUAUUAGAAUUCUACCUAUGACUAUACUCUUAUCAUGAGAGGUGAAUAUAAUCCUAUUAAAAGCAAUCAUAUGUAAUGGUUCUACACACAUAUUUACAACUUUUAAUCUAAUAAGGAGUACACUUUUAGAGUUAUUCCUUUUACAAAAUUCAUUAAAUUUCUAAACAUUGGACAAAGAGUUUGGCUUAAAUAAGGAAAUCAAAAAUGGCAAAAUAUUGGGGAGGAUUAUCAAUUAGACCCUUUCUACAAAAAUGAUCGUGAACUUUAUCAGCUCAGCUUCAAAUUUAAGACUGGGCCUAAUAUAGAUAGAAAAGCCAGGUUUAAAUUAGCUUACUUGAUUACCUCAAGAGUUCAUUCUGGUGAAACACAUGUCUCAUUUUUAUUCAAUGCUAUGCUGAAAUACAUCAUCUCUGAUGAGCCAGAUGCCAUUAAACUUAGGUAAAAAUUUAUCUUCCUCUUGAUUCCUUGCAUGAAUCCGGAGGGAGUUAUACUUGGUAAUUCCAGAGUAAAUGUCCUAGGCUAUGAUUUGAAUAGACAAUGGCUAAAUCCAGAUGCUGAUUUGAACCCAGAAAUUAACAGUCUUAAAAAAGUAAUGACCCAAAUUAAUAAUAGUUAGAAUAUCGCAUUUCAAAAUUAUUCAUUAAGUUUCACAUAAUGUGACUAUAAGAUUACCGAUGACAAGUUAGGAACAGGAAGAGUCGUUGCUUGGGAUGAAUAUGGAAUAACAAAUAGUUUUACUUUUGAAAAUUCAUUUUUUGGCUAUACAGAUAGUGAUAAUAAGAUUUAAAACUAUACAAAGGUUGAUUAUUUGCAACUUGGAUCAGAUUUUGUUAUGAGUUUGCUAGAAUUUUAGAUUGUUGCACAACAACUAGAAAAAGAUUUAGUGUAAUCUAAUGGGUGGCUAAGGCCCAAUAAGCUGUUAUAAAUAACUGGAGAAUCAGCAUUAGAGUUGGCGAAAAAGUAGGCUCAAAAUUUGAAACUACUUUAAGAAAGAAAAAUCAAUAUUGACUAAUACAAAGACCUUAUGAAAAAUGAUGAUUACUAUUAGAUGAUAAAACAAAUGUAAGCAGGUUAAAAAAAGAAAAAAAGAACUUAGCAAUUUGAAACAAAGAUAUCAGGUGAAUUGAGUAAGACUGAGCAAUUCCAAAAAUAAUAAUCAUCAAAAAUAUAGUAUUCUUUCAAUAAUAAGAAGAUAAUAGAUCACAGAAAUACCCAGUUCUUUGAUUUAGGAAAGUAAUCUAUCCAUUAAAUGUCUGAAAAUGAAUACCCUUUUUUUAAUUAACUCGAUGAUACAAGUAAAGAAUUCGAUAAUUUUUUUGCUCCUUAGCCCUGUAAUUAUCAAUAAUCAAAUCAAGGGCAAAAUAGUCAAGCCCAACAAAAUUUAGUAGGGGGCUUUAGCCAAGAUUUUAUGAAGAUUUAGAUCAGCAUGAAAAACAGUAGUAAAGCCUCUAUUAAUCAAAGAUAGCCCUCAUCUCAAAUUGACUUAGACUAGUUAGGAUAAUAAUUAAACUAAAACAAAGAGAGCGAGCUCAUUUUAAGCGAUAUUAAUUCUCCAACAAAUAAUCAAUAGAUAAAUCCAGAAAAAUAAUUUAUUGAGCAUUCACCUUUGAAAUAGACUUAUAAUACGAGCUUUCACACUCCUAAAAAUAGAAAUCCCACUAAUUAUAAUAACCGAUAAAAUAUUAAUUAAGCUAGUGAAAGAAUCGAUUUUUAAGCUAACAUUGAAAUUUAAGAGCCGGUUGGAGAGUUAAAUAUCAAAAUUAAGCAUAUUAAGUAAUAAUCAGGACCAAAUAUCACUGUUAACAUAAAGAAAAUAAACAAAAAAAGUUUUGAAAGUAAAAACUAAAAUCUCAUGGAGUAAUCUUAAAUGGAUAAUAAUUUACUGAAUGAGGUACUUAAUUAAGCAGAUUAAAUAUUUUCUGAUGAUGAAAAUUAUAUGCCUGAGUAUGAUUGGAGAAAUUAUUUUUCAGUUAACGAAAUUUAAAAAGUAGCUGAGCAAAUUAGCAGAGGUGAAGAACCACUUACUGAAAGAUUAGAAUCAAGAAAUGAUUAGUUUGAAAAAAUUGGAAGAAAAAUAGAUGGAUAGAACUCAUUUACAACAUCCUCCUCUAUUGUACAUGGUAAUAAGUAAAGCAGUCUGUAAUAAUCAUAAACUAGUGUUGAUAAUAAUUCUUUAAUUAGACGACCAGUGCAAAAUUCGUAAAUUCCUAUGAGGUUUAGCUAAGAGAAAGAUUACAAAUCAGGUUAGUAAACACCUAAAAUGGCAUAAAGUUAAAAUAAUAAUAGAGUUAAACUAAGACCUUUAGUAUAAAGAAAUAGUGUUAAUGAAAAUGUAAAGUAGAGCAUGAAAACAUCAGCUGAUGUUUAGUAUCAUCAAAACAUGAACAAUUAUUAUGUAGCCUAAAAGUUCUUGUAUAGUGACUAAGAUAUUCAUUAAUUGUAAUAAUAAAUGAGGUUAACAGGCUAAAAUAACUCCAAGCAAUAAAAUUAUCAGAGACAAGAAAGCGAGAGUGAUGGAAAAAGUGAGUUCAAUUUUGGUUAAAACUCUCCAAUGCCUAAACCAGAGAUGAAAUUUUAGAUAUCAGUGAGAAAAAUCUCUUAAGAUAGCAUUAAAAUAGACAAUAAAGUUAAAAAACCUUUUUAAACUAAGAAAAUAGCAACAGAACCUAAAGAUUAUUAAGAUCAGAUUAAUAACAAUAUCUAAAUUAGAGACUUAAAACAAAGGUAAUAAAACACAUUAAAAAAUAUUCAACAAAGCUAGCAAAAUCAGAGACUUGGAGUAAUUGUAAGUUAAUAAAAGAGCAUAAAUCAUAAAUAACCAUUUUACUAGAAUGUAUCUCAAACUAAGCCUACUUCCUAGGAUGAUAAAUUAUCUAGUAAAAGAACUAAUUAAUCCCCUAGAUUAGUAGCGCAUAUUCCCUAAUUGUAAUAAUCUUAGAUUACCGAUUCUACGAGUGACUUGGAAACUAAUAUUAAAAAUAUAGAUAUUAAAGCUUAUAAUCAGAAUUAGACUAAGAAAAAUUCUGGAACUGUGAGUCGAUCCCGUAAAAUAUAGGAAUAGAUUACUCUAAACUAAACUGUAUUUAUAAAAGAAUAAUAUCCAUUAUUUCCGAUCAUGAAUAAUGAUACAGUUAAAAUUUAGAAUAGCAAUGAGAAAAAUAACAAAGCUUUAUAGCCCUAGAUAAACGAACCUAUCAAAAUCAUGUAUCAAGCUUAAUAGCAUAAAUAAAAUAGCAACUUAGCAUUUUGCACUAUGUUUUUUAAGUAGACUCCUAGCGAAGUCAAUUCGAAUGUUGCUAAUAAUGGAACUGAGUCUGCUUAAUUUUAGUUCAGAAGAUCAAGAUUUAAGAAUAGAUAAAAUAAUCCAAGCAGAUAAAAUCGAAAUAAUGAAUCUAUUGAUAUUAAAGAUAAUAAUAAUGUACAAAAACAAUAAAAAAACAUUCAAGCUUCUCCAAAAAAUUAUUUAGCUGAUUUGUCAUUACCUAUAGUUGCAUAAAAAUCAGUUUCUUAACCUCCAGUUAUUAAUUAGGUCAUCGAUAUCAAGGAAUAAUACCUAAAUGAUACACUAUCAAAUCAACUAUAUUCUUAAAUAAACACCCAUAACUCUACAAGCCCAAAGAGAAAGCCAAUAUUUUCAAUGGAAAGUCCAAAAAUUAGUAUAGAAUAAAAAAAGAAUAAUUUGGGAAUAUAUACGAAACAAACCUCAAUAGUCUAAAUAGAUAAAAGUGAAAAAAUUGCCGAGUUCUCAAAAUAAAUAUCUCAAGAUGAAUUAGAAGAUUCCUAGUUAAGAAGACAGAUUCAAGACAUUCUGGUAAAUAUGAGAGAAAAUAACGUCAAAAUUUAGAAAGCUUAGGCUUUUAUUGGAUUAGGAUCAAGAUCGAAACAUUUCAGAAUUAACAAAUCGAUCUACAAUGGAUAGAAACUACCAGUUUAUUUACAGAAGUGA